CAACUUUUCCCUGCAACACGCCAGCAGCUGUCCAUCUCGAGCUUCUGAAAUCUGGCACCUCCUCUUCAGGUGUGCUUAUUCAUGCCAAAACUCCAGCCCGACUGAGUCGCUCCCUGUCGCCUACAAUGCCUCCAAAAGAAGGGCAAAAGCGCAAGGAGUUUGUCCACCCGGAAGCCUCCCAUGCGAAGAAGAAGACCCCGCCGAGCCCGUACGCGAUCGAGCCGAUUUCGGCCUUCUACAUCUUCCUCGUCGCGAACCUCGUGUCGGCCCUCUUCGCCCCUAUCCAGGACUGCGACGAGACAUUCAACUACUGGGAGCCCACGCACUACCUCAGCCAUGGCUACGGCUUGCAGACGUGGGAGUACUCUCCCGACUUUUCGAUCCGUAGCUGGCUGUACAUCUCACUCCACGCCGUCGUGGCCAACCUGCGCCGCAUCCUGCCCCAAUCCACAAAGGUCGGCGAGUUCUAUUUCGUCCGCUACGUCAUGGCAUUCGUCUGUGCCCUCUGCCAGACCUUGAUGUACAGGGCCGUCAGCUUGACCGUCUCUCCUCGCACCGGCACCUGGUUCAUCCUGGCACUGGCCACGAGCCCUGGAAACUUCCACUCCGCCACCGCCUACCUGCCAUCGAGCUUCGCCAUGUAUGCUUCUAUGAUGGGCGCUGCCGCCUUUGUGCACUGGCGGGGCGGGCUGAAGACGUCUCAGGGCAUCUUCUGGUUUGCUCUCGGCGGUGUUAUUGGUUGGCCUUUUGCUGCCGCCCUGUGCGCGCCUUUUGUGGCAGAGGACAUUUUCUUCGCCUUUUUCGCAGAUGGCGAGCGCAAGUUUGAGUGUUUUGUCCGGGUCGGCAGGGGUGUCGUUGCUGCUUUGCUCCUCGUCGUGCUUGAUACCGCCAUCAAUGCUUUCUUCUACCGGAAACUUGAAAUCGUGCCCUGGAACAUCGUCAAGUACAACAUCUUCUCGUCGAGCGGAGGUCCCAACCUUUACGGCACUGAGCCAUGGACGUUUUAUUUCAAGAACCUCGCCCUCAACUUCAACAUAUGGUUCGUCCUCGCGCUCCUCUCCCUCCCGCUUUUCAUCAUCCGCGGCCUCAUCGUUCCCUCGGGCCACGAAUUCCGAUCCGGGAUGCGCUCUCUGGUCUUUAUGACACCCUUCUACAUGUGGCUGGCCAUCUUCACCCUGCAGCCACACAAAGAGGAGCGCUUCAUGUAUCCCGCAUACCCUUUUCUGGCCCUCAAUGCAGCCAUAUCCUUUCACAUUCUUGUCACGGCCCUGGGAAACGCAAACCCCAAGACCUUGAUUGGCAUGAUCCCUGCCAAGCUCAAACUCGCAUUCCUCGCCCUUGGCGUCAUCCUCUCACUGGACGUCUCUCUGGCCCGCAUCUUUGGCAUCUACUCGGCCUAUUCUGCUCCCCUUCAGAUCUACAAGCCGCUGGCUUCGGGCACUGUCGGUGGAGGCCCGCUGGGAGGAAACGGUGACUUUGUGUGCUUCGGCAAAGAGUGGUACCGAUUCCCGACCUCAUACUUCCUGCCGCGUGAGAUGCACGCCAAGUUUGUUCGGUCCGAGUUCCGCGGCCUGUUGCCCGGCGAGUUCUCCGAAGCCCGCACAGGCUUUGGUAUCUGGGGAGGCACAUGGCUCGUGCCGAGCGGCAUGAACGACCGCAACGAAGAGGAUAUGGGCAAGUACGUCGAGCUUCGCACCUGCGACUUCCUGGUGGACACGCAGUACAGCCACCACGCGGAGCAGCCUAAGUCGCUGCCCCCGAACGAACCCGACUACAUUGCGGACGAGGAGCAUUGGGAGAUGGUCAAGUGUGUGCCUUUCAUGGACGCGGGAAAGACGGGCUUCCUCGCCCGGGCCCUGUGGGUACCAGGCUGGGAGAUGGUCCCGGGGAAGUAUCGGCGCAAGUGGGGACGUCACUGCUUGCUGCGGCAGAAGAGGUGAUUUGGCAUCAUUCCUGGUGAGCAGUUGAUGUGGAGUAUCGGCGCUUUAGAGGGGUGAUUUUCCUUGGGUUACGGGAUAGAAGGCGCAACUGGAGCAGGUUCAGUCCUGUUGGGUCACUGAUGAGCGUAUCUGGGAUUAUUAGAGGGCUGCGGAUGGAUAUAGAUAUCAUAGAUAGGAGGUCUCAGAAAUAGGAGUCGCUAUUGGGCAGGCGAGAGCUCGAAAGGCAAAAAGGUCACCCCGAAAGAACUUGAUAUAUUCGUAGAAAUGCCGAGUUUUUUCUGUUCGGAACCGUAAAUUAGGCAGGAACUCUAAAAUAGCAGUGGUUGACGAG